AUGAACGAAAAACCCAAUAAACUGGUGUUCAUCCCGGUCUUGGCUGUGCUUUUCGUGAUGAUAGGCUAUCAGUACAUCUGUCCAGCGGGCAGUCAGUCGUGCCAUUUGCGGAACGGCGGCGAUCCGAGAGGGCGACACGCGGCUGUAACGGACGACGCGCCGCACGUGGAGCGCGAGCUGGAGAAAGACGCAGCGUCCAAGUUCAACUUCAGCGAGCGCGAGCUAGCACGCCGCGUCGACUUCGACAUGAAAGGUGACGACGUGCUUGUGUUCCUGCACAUCCAGAAGACCGGCGGCACUACAUUCGGGCGGCACUUGGUGCGCAACAUGCGCCUGGAGCGACCGUGCGACUGCCAGACGGGCCAGAAGAAGUGCGCGUGCCGGCGUCCAGGCCGUGACGAGUCGUGGCUCUUUUCGCGCUUCUCCACGGGCUGGAGCUGCGGCCUGCACGCCGACUGGACCGAGCUCACUAACUGUGUGCCAGCUGUUAUGGACAAGAAGCGCGCUCCGAAGCGGAAAAAGAACUUCUAUUACAUCACCAUGCUGCGGGACCCAGUGUCACGCUAUCUGAGUGAGUGGAAGCAUGUGCAGCGUGGUGCCACUUGGAAAACAUCGCUCCACAUGUGUGAUGGCCGUGCACCCACCCAGGCCGAGCUACCUUCAUGUUACAGCGGUGAUGAUUGGUCAGGUGUGACACUGGGAGAAUUUAUGGCAUGUCCACACAACCUGGCUAACAACCGGCAGGUGCGCAUGCUGGCCGACUUGAGCCUGGUCGGCUGCUACAACCUCUCAUCCAUGGGUGAGCGCGAGCGUGGUGCUAUCUUGCUCUCCAGUGCCAUGAGCAAUCUGAAAAACAUGGCUUUCUAUGGCCUGACCGAGUUCCAGCGUAAAACACAAUACCUGUUUGAGCGCACUUUUCGGCUGCACUUCAUUGCAGCAUUUAUGCAGCUCAACAGUACACGCGCUGCUGGUGUGGAGUUGCGGGAAGACGUGCGCGACCGCAUCGAACGUCUCAACUUCCUGGAUGUGCAACUCUACAAGUUUGCCAAGGAGUUAUUCCUGCAGCGUGUGCAGUUUGCACGCCAACAGGAGAGGCAGGAACGGCGCUGGCAGCAUGAGCAGAAGGACCACCAGAGUAAAAGGCAGUCAGAAGAAAUUCAGUCGCAGCCUGCCACCACAGAGGACUACGCCAGCCAGGUGGCACGCUGGUGAUGUUCCUUACAAAAAGGCACACUCGCAGCACUGAGCCAAGUUGUAGAUGGGGUGGCCAUGUUUUUUUAGCUCUUAUUCAUUCUUCUGUCUCAUUUUUUGUUUGAGAUGCAGUUAUACAGUGAUGUGAAAAAGUAUUUCUUCUGUUUUUGUGUAUAUCUCGUACUAAAUUGUUUCAGAAAUUAAAACAAUAUCUAAGAUAAAACAAGGGCAAACCGAGUAAACAUAAAAUACAGUUUUUAAAUGAUAAUUAUUUAUUGAAGCAAAAAGUUAUCCAAUACCAAUUGGGCCUGUGUGAAAAUGUAUUUGCCCCCGUAGUUACUAAUUCCCCAAAACUAUGAAACUGCAUUCAUAAUGGGAUUCAGCUGGACUAGACACAACCAGGCCUGAUUACUGUAAACCCUGUUCAAUCAAAUCAUCACUUAAAUAGAACUUUUUCAACAGCAUGAAGUUGGUUAAAAGGUCUUACCCAGUAACACACUAUGCCAAAGUUGAAAGAAAUUCCAGAAAUGAUGAGGAAGAAGGUGAUUGAAAUACAUCACUCUGGGAAGGGUUACAAAGCUAUUUCACAGGCUCUGGGACUCCAACGAACCACAGUGGGAGCCAUUAUUUCUAAAUGGAAAAACCCGGCACAGUAGUAAACUUUCCCAGAAGUGGCCGACCUUCCAAAAUUCCUCCAAGAGCACAGCAACGUCUCAUCCAGGAAGUCACAAAAGACCCAAGGACAACAUAAAAGGACCUACAGGCCUCUCUUACAUCAAUAAAGGUCACUGUUCAUGACUCCACUAUCAGGCAGACACUGGGCAAAAAUGGCAUCCAUGGAAGUGUGGCGAGGUGAAAACCACUGCUAACCCAGAAGAACAUUAAAGCUCAUCUGAAUUUUGCCAAAACUCACCUUGAUGAUCCACAAACCUUUAGGGAGAAUGUUAGCAUAGGAGUAAUCUUAGUUCUAGAAGUAAGUGAAAGAAUGAUCUCCAGUUAUCGGAAGCGUUUGGUUGCAAUUAUUGCUGCUAAAGGUGGUACAAACAGAUUUUAAGUUUAAGGGGGCAAUUAGUUUAUCACAUUGGUGUUGGAUAACUUUUUUUUGCUUCAAUAGAAAAAAAA